CGAGGUGGUGAGGUGACGCACAUAAAAAUUCAAAACACAGGAGAUUUUUAUGACCUGUAUGGGGGAGAGAAAUUUGCUACUCUGUCAGAGCUGAUACUGUUUUAUACUGAUAAUCCUGAGAAAUUGAGGGAAAAGAAUGGUCAAGUUAUUGAGCUGAAAUACGCAUUGAAUUCUACGGAUCCCACCUCUGAAAGGUUAGUAGCAGGUUUGUUUUUCGGUUAUGUUUUUGCUGAACAGCACUUACUGUCAGUUGUUACUGUCGGCAUACACUUACCUGUUUAAACUCAUUAAACAGAAACUAUUUUGUCAGUCUUGAUUUUUAUUUUAAUAAGGAUGUAACUUAAAGUUAUAUUGCACCUGUAUAACUAUUCCUACAAGCUAUACUAAAUAACGCAUAGGACUCAGUCCAUAAAUGAAAUGAAUACGUAGGAGGCAACGAACGGUUACGUUAGAACGGAGAAUUGAAAUCCGGAGGCCCCAAGCUCAAGUACCGCCCGGGGCCGGGUUGUUCAAAGCUGGGUUAAGAUAACCCAGGGUUAGUGCGAAAUUUGAAUUCAGAUAUGAAAGCUUUAAAAGUAAAUUAAGUUUAAUCCUUUUGUCAACAAGUUGAUGAUUGGAUGCUCUUAAAAAUAACAGAGAAAAUGAUCCGAGAAAAUGCUUUGAACAAAAGAAAAAAACUCAGGUUAAAUUUAACCUUGGGUUAAGUACUAAUAGGCCUUCGAACAACUGGGCUCUGACCGCUAGCUGAUCAUGAAUUAGUUCUCGGUAGUCCACAGGCAGCCCAAGCUCGGUGCAUAAAUUACCGCGAGUUUUGAUACUGGUUUGCAUAUUACGGACGACUGAAAUUUGAUAUAGUCAUUAAUAUAGUUGUUAUAACGUAGAAAUAAUGGCAUAAAUAUGGAAAUAAAUUUUACUUACGUAAACUUGGCCCUGUUGUUGCUUUUUCUGUAUAAGGUGGGCUAUAUUCAUCGCCAUUUUCUACGGUUUUGUGGCUAGCUGUUCGUUUGGUGUUGUUUUCUUACAUAAAGCGAAGCAAGGUUACUGUGUGCAACCUAAACUCACAAAUCUCUCCCGCAUCAAAGCACAGCGCAACGAUUCAGCAGAUUAACACCACGAGUUGUACAUAAAACCUGUUAUUUGUUCAUGCUGUGUGCAAGGUAGUGGUUGUACCCUGGGGGGGGGUGAUGGGGAUACUCAACAAAUGUUUAUACGGGGAGGCUCCGCCACAAGGUCUUUACCCUUUUAUAUACCAUUUUUUAAAGAAAAAGGUGCCCCUUUCGUAUAGCUUCUGUUGACAAAUGGCACCCCUUUCACAUACCCUGUUUAGAACUUUGUGUUCAUUUUAACUGCUGUAAAUGAACAGUCAUUUAAAUAGAAAUCAGUCACAACAUUAGAACGUUUUCUCGACUUUAUAAAGCCAUAAAAUUCAUCUGUUAGCUCUUUUGGGCUCUUUUACAAACCCAAAUGACAGAUUUCCUACCCUUUUAUAUACUUCAACUAGUAAAAUCCCUAACCUUUCAUAUACCUGAAGCCUGAAAAAGAUACCCCUUUCGGUCGAAGCCUCCCCGUAUAGGCCAUCAUAGGAAGUACCCCCCCGGAGGUUGUACGUUUUUAACUUAUCUUUAUAUUUUGCUGGCUAGAUGGUUUCAUGGAAACAUGCCCGGUAAAGAGGCAGAGGUAAUGAUGCAGGACAAGGGCGAGGAUGGAUCUUUCCUGGUUAGAGAAAGCCAGAGCAAACCUGGAGACUAUGUUCUUACAGUCAGGUGA